AUGAUGAACCUUGUGACGUUGGGCCUUCUCCUCUCCUCCCUCGCCGCUGCCGGCGUCUGGUCGCCUCACCACGAACCCAAGCCCAGCCAUCACCAGCAGCGCCACCCCGCCGAUGACCACGUCCUCCGAGAAGGCCAUCGCGUCGUCGUCGUGGAGUAUGAGCGCCAAGUCCCUCCUGACUUCGCUGAACAGGUUCUUCACCCUCCCGCCACCCACCGGCUCAUCGAAGAAGCCAAGGAUAAGAUUCAGGAAGCCGCUUCGGUCCUCCCUAACCUCGGCCAAGGUGUCUCGACACCCCCUGCGCGGCCGGAUGAAGCGCAAGCAGCCGGUUCCGCGAAGAGCAUGAUAUGUGAUGCCUAUGGCGUGUGCAAGGAGAAGGUCGCUGCUCUCAUCGGUAAAAGUAAGGAGAAAACGACCGAGAUCGAGGAUAUCUCGAAAGAUGCCGUUAAGAAGGCAGGCGAGAAAGCUAGCCAGCUGAAGGAAGGCGCGAAGGGCGCUGUGAGGGACGCUGAAGAGAGAGCAUCGCAACUCAAGGAGAGUGCAAAGGAUACUGUCAAGGACACUAUAGACGCUGCCAAAGAGAAGGCUUCCAUGGCGAGGGACAAAGUGGAGAGCACCAUAGACAAAGCUUCACAGAUCAAGGAGGAUACCAAGGAUGCCAUGGAGAAGGUAGUGGAGUCCGCGAAAGAAACAGGGCAGGAUAUAGCUCGAAACAUCUCGGGUAUCGCAAAGAGGGCAGAGCACAAAGCCGAGAAGACGGCAAGAGAAACACGAGGCAACCUAACAGACAUAAUUAGACGAGCAAAAGAAGUGGCCUUUGACGCCGCAGUUUAUGUUUGGGCGCCGGAGACUGGGCAGGCUGCGGCCGCGAUUCUGCACCUUCUUGGCUUCGCGACCGCGUACGGGGCCUCUGUGUGGGUGACAUUUGUGUCGGGCAACGUCUUGGCGACGGCGCUACCGAGGCAGCAGUUCGGGUUGGUACAGAGCAAGCUGUAUCCGGUGUACUUCCGACUGGUGGCAUACAGCACCGCCCUUACUCUUGUAGCGCAUUUCUUCGGUCGUGACCGGAGAAUUCUGGCUGAAAGAGUGCAGGGCUACAACUUGCUCGGUGCUCUGGUGCUGGUCCUGAUUAAUAUGUUCUUCCUGGAGCCUAAAGCUACAAAGGUUAUGUUCGAGAGAAUGAAGAUAGAGAAAGAAGAAGGGAGGGGUAGGGACAUGGCAGAUCAGGACGAGGUAAAGUGUGGAUUGGUGCAUCUAAACAGAAGGCUGAAGAAGCUCAACACCUACUCAUCCCUUCUCAAUUUACUAACGUUGAUGAGUCUCUCCUGGCACCUGGUGCACCUCGCACGGCAGUUGCAGGUGAGCUGUUGAUGCGGGGGUCUUUGUGAACUCAAGUCUGAACAGUUCCUGAGCUAACAGAAGUACGGUGUACUCCAUACUGAAAAGCUUUCGGUGAUUGCGAAGAUGGUAGCCUUGUAACUACAGGAUUUCCCGUCUAUAUGAAUUAGAAGUAGUAGCUAAUUGAAA